UCUUAUACAAACCAACAGCAGCUUCUUCUGACAUACACACACACAUACACACACAGACAGACAUCCAACACUUUUACACCAUCUGAUUAACAGCCUGGCACACACUGUGAUUACAGGAAAACAUAAAUAAAUACGAAAACAGUUGAUUAUUUUGACUACUGGAAGAGCUUUUCUGUGUCUCAGUGCAACUUUUGUUUUUAUUGCUGGGAAGGUGAUCUCUCCAUGCAUUUCUCUCACACACGGAUUCUUUAAAAGAGGGAGAGGAAGAGAGACAGACAGACACAGAGAAAGAGAGCCAGACGGGGGGAGGUGGUGGGGAAAAGUAAUCUUUCCCUUUAAAACCGGCUGGGCUCAAAGAUAAAAGGAACUGGAAAACAGCAACUGAGAAACAACAGCUACAACGCUUUGGAAAGAUUUUUUUUUUUGGGGGGGUUCCGUUUCAGAGGAUAGCAGCCUGUUUCUCCUCUGAAGUUGGCUCCAGCUUUAGCAGCCGCAUUGGAUCCCACAGCCUAUUGUGAGACUCCGGUGUACAAUCCGGAUCUCUGCCCCAACAUGAUCGCGGCCCAGGCCAAGUUGGUUUAUCAUCUGAAUAAAUACUACAAUGAAAAAUGCCAAGCCAGGAAAGCUGCCAUCGCCAAAACUAUCCGAGAAGUCUGCAAAGUAGUUUCGGAUGUGUUGAAGGAAGUGGAAGUGCAGGAGCCCCGUUUCAUCAGUUCUCUCAAUGAAAUGGACAAUCGUUAUGAGGGUCUGGAGGUCAUUUCACCAACAGAAUUUGAAGUGGUGCUUUAUCUUAAUCAAAUGGGGGUCUUCAACUUUGUGGAUGACGGUUCCCUGCCGGGAUGUGCCGUGCUCAAGUUAAGCGAUGGGCGUAAAAGAAGCAUGUCUCUUUGGGUGGAGUUCAUAACAGCCUCUGGUUACCUCUCUGCUCGGAAAAUCAGGUCCAGAUUUCAGACCCUGGUGGCUCAAGCAGUGGAUAAAUGUAGUUACAGGGAUGUGGUAAAGAUGGUGGCAGAUACCAGCGAAGUGAAACUGAGAAUAAGAGAUAGAUAUGUAGUGCAGAUUACCCCAGCUUUUAAGUGCACGGGGAUCUGGCCAAGAAGUGCUGCCCACUGGCCACUUCCCCACAUCCCUUGGCCGGGACCCAACAGAGUAGCAGAGGUCAAAGCUGAAGGGUUCAACCUCUUAUCCAAGGAGUGCCACUCUCUAGCAGGCAAACAGAGUUCAGCGGAGAGUGAUGCCUGGGUCCUGCAGUUCGCAGAAGCAGAGAACAGACUACAGAUGGGAGGCUGCAGAAAGAAAUGCCUCUCGAUUCUCAAAACCUUACGGGAUCGACACCUGGAACUGCCAGGACAGCCCCUGAACAAUUACCAUAUGAAGACUCUGGUUUCUUACGAGUGUGAAAAGCACCCCCGGGAAUCGGAUUGGGACGAAUCUUGCCUGGGCGAUCGCCUCAACGGAAUUUUACUUCAACUUAUAUCCUGCCUACAAUGCAGGCGAUGUCCUCACUACUUCUUACCAAACUUAGAUCUCUUUCAGGGCAAACCUCAUUCAGCCCUGGAAAAUGCUGCCAAACAAACGUGGCGACUGGCUAGAGAGAUACUUACUAAUCCCAAAAGUUUGGAAAAACUUUAGAGGACAAGUUUAAGAAGGGCCGAAAUGAUUCCCAAGUCCUGAUGAAAAUUAAACUUCCUGUUUGAAUCACAGUCAAAUAUUCCACUUGACAAUGCAAACAACAGCUUCUUUAAAAAGGAAUAUACCUCUUAUGCAUCGU